UGAAACAGCAUCCUGCUGCUGUGUGACGUUGUUUAGCUUAGCUGCUCGCUAGCAGCCGUACAGUGGUGACAUUUCAAUGUAUUAAUACAUAACAGAAGUGGGACAUUGUUCGUGUUUCUGUUCUUCUGCCGUCACGACUCCGACAAAAGCAGACUCAACAAACAACAAUCCAAUCAGCCUCAUUCUCCAGGUGAUAGUCUGUACCCUGACUGUAUGCUGUUCAUUGAGGGCCAGGCCUAAUUGCUGGUGGUGCCCCUCCUCCCUCGCCCCCACCCAACACCCUCACCCCCUCUUCCUCAGUCACCCCUUGAGUUUCACAUAACUCGACUUCCAGCGUUUAGCCUGGACCGGGGCUCUGCUGGCAGCCCCGUACCUGUGGAUGAAUGAAGACUCCAUUCAAGAGUCCAGCGGCACCGCGGCCUCGAGCCGACGGCGGACAUCCGGGUGUAUCUGCAAACAUGAUGAAGAAAAAGAAUUCACACAAGAAACAAAGGACCAGUGUCGGUCCCAGUAAGGCUCUGGUUCAGCCCAGAAGGAACAUCGUGGGCUGCAGGAUCCAGCACAUCUGGAAGGAGGGCAGUAAGGCGUCUCAGUGGAAGGGGACGGUCCUGGACCAGGUUCCUGUCAACCCGUCUCUGUACCUGAUCAAGUACGACGGCUUUGAUUGCAUCUACGGCCUGGAGCUGUACAGCGAUGAGCGGGUGGUGGGGCUGGAGGUCCUGCCUGACCGAGUGGCUCCAGCCCGAGUUAGCGACUCGCUGCUGGCAGACACGAUGAUCGGGAAGGCAGUGGAGCACAUGUUUGAGACUGAGGACGGGCCAAAGGAGGAGUGGCGUGGGAUGGUGCUGGCCCGGGCUCCCAUCAUGACUUCCUGGUUCUACAUCACCUAUGAGAAAGACCCUGUCCUCUACAUGUACCAGCUGCUGGACGACUAUAAGGAGGGAGACCUGCGCAUCAUGCCCGACUCCAAUGACAGCGGCCCGGCGGAGCGGGAACCCGGUGAGGUGGUCGACAGCUUGGUGGGCAAACAGGUGGAAUACGCCAAGGAGGACGGUGGGAAGCGGUCUGGCAUGGUCAUUCACCAGGUGGAGGCCAAGCCAUCAGUCUACUUCAUCAAGUUCGACGACGAUUUCCAUAUCUACGUCUACGACCUGGUCAAAACCUCCUAAGACCGUAACACCUGGUCCAGGACCCCAAAAACGACUUGACAAGACCUGCUCAUACCCAUCAAACACUCUGCCGACAAAAGAAAACACGGUUUGAAACCUUCCCCAAGUGUCCUGAAGGAACCAGGAUCUCUGGAGUCGGCCUGAUUGUUUUUUUUUUGUUUGGUCUGUUCAUAUGUUUAAUAAACUCUUUGUGACUGCGAGAGUCUCAGUCGGGUUCUGUGAAGACUCACUAAAGUGUUUGAAAUCAUAUAUCAUUCAGAGUUUUUGUUCAGGUUUCUGUAGACCGUGUUUGAGACAUUUUCAUCAAAUCCUGCAACAGACAACAAGUGACCAAACAACCAACAGACUGAGGCCACAGUGUUGUUUGGAGCCGCUGCAGACCUGAUUAGCUGUUGUAGCUUUUGGAGUAUGUGGGGCAAUAACGUGAAGAUGUAGCUAAUAUUACAAGUCAGAUUUAAAAAAAAAAAAAAAAACUUAUUUCCCACAAAGACUGAAGAAAUCCAGCUUCAGUUGGACACCACAGACUCUGAGAUCUGAAAAGACAACAUCCUGAGAACUUUCUAGGAAAAGAUUUCCCCACUGAAAUGUCAGCUGUUUGAGAAGCAAAGCAGGUCCACACCUCUACACAACCAGCGGAAGAACCUCCUCGUUCCUGAAGGUCCAUCUGAGACCGCGGUAGACUUCAGGACAACACAAGAACUGGAGUUAGCUGAUGUUAAUGAAGUGAUCUAAGGAAAAUGGAAUACAAGGUUCCGUUCUUACCAAAUGGAAGUUUGUUUGGAUUUCUUGUGUUCUGGACUGAAGGGCAUACACAAGGAUUAUGGGUCCAGUAGCAGAGGGUUUUACUGAACCUGCGUCCAGAGACUGUCAUUGAGGAUUUGUUGGAUUAGUCGGAGGACACAGACUCGUUCAGUUCUGCUCUCGUUGGUAUAUUAGCUGUCAUUCCUUGUUCCAGCAGGUUGAACUUCUCAGAUGUUUGACCUCAGCCUGUUGGUGUGUUUUUCUCCAUGGAUUCGACUGCAUCAGUUGGUGUGAUAGCGUCGUUAAACAUCUUUAGCAAAACGAGGAAACUGCCUAAAAUCACAUCUCACUUUAAGGACACUAAUAACAUAAAUGUCCAGUUCCCGCAGUAAGAACUGAUCAAAUCGCAUAUCUGUGCCUGUUCGUGAUAAAUCGUUUGUUGUUGGCUUGUUGGUUUAUGUUUCCUGAUACACUUUUCUUUUUAUUAAAGAUUUUUGUUUUAUUUUUGACAUUUGUUCAGCUUCAGUUCCCAAAUAUAUCCAAGGUUCGAACAAUCAAUAA